AUGAGCAGCAGCUUCAACUACGACUACAUUAUCAAAUCUUGCUUACUCUUGCAGUUCACCGACAAGCGUUUCCAGCCCGCCCAUGAUCUGACUAUCGGAGUCGAGUUUGGCGCACGUUUCGUCUCUGUUGCCGGCAAACAGAUCAAGCUCCAGAUCUGGGACACGGCCGGACAAGAAUCCUUCAGGAGCAUUACCCGUAGCUACUAUAGAGGCGCUGCUGGAGCUCUUUUGGUCUAUGAUAUCACAAGGAGAGACACCUUCAAGCAUCUGACGACUUGGUUGGAGGACGCCAGACAGCACGCCAACGCCAACACCACCAUUAUGCUCAUCGGCAACAAGAGCGAUCUGGAGUCCAAGAGGGCCGUCUCUUACGAGGAGGGCGAAGCCUUUGCCAAAGCCAACGGACUCUUCUUUAUGGAAACCUCAGCCAAGACUUCGGCCAACGUCGAGGAGGCUUUCGUGGAGACUGCAACAAACAUCUACGAGAAGAUUCAGAGCGGGAUUUUCGACAUUCACAACGAGGCCCAUGGAAUCAAGAUUGGACCUAUGCACACUGGAGGAUCAUCCUUGCCCACUGGAGCUUCAAACGGUAGCGGGGCCUGUUGCCAGUAA